AUGCCCUUCCACAGUAUCACGCUCAACGACGGUCGGAAGAUCCCCCAGAUCGGGUUCGGGUCAUGGAAAAUCCCCAAGGAUGUCUGCGAGGGACAGACUGACCAGGCGAUCGAGGUCGGUUUCGACCACAUCGACACCGCUCAGGUGUAUCACAAUGAGGAGGAAGUCGGCCAGGCCAUCAAGGCAUCCGGUCUCUCCCGCAAGGAGCUCUGGGUCACUACCAAGUGGUCCGGUGUUGACGGCAAGGACCCUCGCCAGUCCUGCGAUGAGAGCUUGGAGAAGCUUGGUAUCGACUAUAUUGACCUGUACCUCAUCCACAGCCCCAGGUUGUGUGGCGACGACAUCAAGGGGAAGUGGCACGAGAUGGAGAAGCUGCACAAGGAGGGCAAGGUCAAGUCUAUCGGGGUAUCAAACUUCAAAGUCGAUGACCUUAAGGAGCUCCUGAAACACGCCGAGAUCAAGCCGGUCGUGAACCAGAUCCUCCUCCACCCAUACGUCAUCAAGUCCACCGAGCCCCUCCUGCACUACAUGGCGCAGCAGCACAUCGUUCCCGAGGGCUACUCGACCCUCAUCCCGCUCACUUCCGAGCCUGGCGGACCGGUCGACGAGCCAGUCAACAACAUUGCCAAGCGACUGGGCAAGAAGCCGGAGCAGAUCUUGCUGGCUUGGUCAAAGGCCAAGGGUGCGAUCAUCGUGACCACCUCUUCCAAGAAGGAGCGUCUCGAGUCCUACCUUGACGUCGGGGAUAUCGAGCUCACCGAGGAUGACGUCAAGUCCAUUGAUGAUGCAGGAGCCAAGAAGGAAAUGUGGGUUGAGAAGAAGGGCAAGAUGGUCAAAUGUGCCAGAGUGGGUCUUGCAGUAGCACUGGGCACGUACGCUAUGGCGAGACUGGUUUUGUAG